GAGGGUUUUCCGGGGGAAGGCCUCAAGGAGGAAACCAAGGCUGUUUCCUAUGUGGGGACUCCUUCCAUUGGGUGAGGGAGUGCCCAUAUAACCCUGCUCAGUCACAAAGAGGGUUUCCACAGAGAGGAGGAGUUCAGAACCGGGGAGGAACACACCCUCCUCAGUCUCAAGGGAGAGGACCCGCACCACAGUUCCCCUUGUGGCAAGACACUGAGUGACACGCCCCACAGACAAGCCCUGAACAGCACCUUACGGCAGAACCGGUGCUGUCAGUGACAGUAAAUCAGGACUUGCUGCCUUUCUUAGUGGAUACCAGCGCUACCGUCUCCACUAUCAAGACUGUGGAAAAGAAGCUGCUUACAUCAGACGUCAUAACAGUCAUGGGUUUCUCUGGGGUUCCUACUACGCUGCCUUACACCAAGCCUCUCACAAAAAGGCUUGGCAAUCAGACUGUGUUGCAUCCUUUCAUCUACUCCCCUGAGGUACCUUCCAACCUGCUGGGGAGAGACCUCCUGACUCGAUUGGGGCUACUAUUCUCUGCUCGCCUGACGGACUAACAGUCUCAUUCCCUGAUGGAACAUCUCUACCCUGCGCCAGUAUUGAGUCUUCACAUUCAAGCCAAUACAUGAUUCAGCCAGUUGCAGACAGAUCGACUGACAUCUACUGGGGUCUCCUACACAGUGAAACUAGUGAUAAAGGUGGAAUCCUGUCGGCUUACCUGACUUGGAAACCCUGGAUCUCCCAAAUACACCCCUAUGUGGCCCCUCCUGACCCUCCUCAUAUGACAUUGUUUUAUGAUAGAGAGGAUACACAGUGGUAUGAGGAACAGUUUAGCAGGGACAUAGAGGGAACUAAUUGUGCUCUUUCCACUAAUAACAUUUAUGUGGCUCCCAUAGGUGUAGCGGCAGAAGUUUCUCUCACCCCAGAACAACUACAGUGGUACAUGAUGAGUGACGAGGCUUCCCCUCAUGUGUCUUUAGCCUUACAUCCAGAGCACCAAGCCAAAGAGCUGGGUUCUAUAGUUAAAACAGCACAACUGCAAACUGAUUGGCAGAGGGUUGGCUCUUUGUUGUGGUAUUCACCCGCAACUCAAAUCUACAAAAUACAGGUUUCUUGCACUGACCACGCUCUCCUUGAACACGCUCAAAUCUCCCGCCACCAUGGUCGAGAGAAAACAGAUCACCCCGAAGCAGCAUUGUUGUUAGAUUCACUGCCUGACUCACUAUGGUCCACUGGGCCCACGGAUGUUGGCCUAGUCGACUGCCCCCCAGUUACUUUCAAGCUGAAAAAUAACAACCCAGUGUGGGUUCCCCAAUACCCAAGUAAAAAAGACGCCGAAAUCGGCAUUGCAGAUACCAUUGAAGGUCUAUUUGAAAAGGGGGUGUUGGUAGAAACAUCCUCGGAAUGGAACACUCCCAUAUGGCUCAUUGAAAAGAAGGGCACUGGUAAAUAUCGCAUGGUUCAUGAUCUUAGGGCCAUUAACUCUGCGUUAUGCACGCAAACCAUCCCAGUUCCCAACCCUUACGUUGCGUUGACUAAUCUUGAUCCUCGCCACCAAUGGUUCACCUGUAUCGACCUCGCUAAUGCAUUUUUCUGCCUACCACUAGCCGAAGAAUGUAGAAACAUUUUUGCCUUCACCUACCGAGGGGUCCAACUGACCUAUUCUCGUCUUCCUCAGGGAUUUGCUCUAUCCCCUGGCCUAUUUAAUCAGGUAUUAAAGGAUGUUUUGACGGAUUGUGCAACCACCUGGAAUAAAAAACAUAGCACUAACUGAGGCGCACGGAGUGGGACAUGUCGGGGCUGCACAGAUGCAGAGAAACCUCGAAAUUGGUGGCACCCAUUUUUGAAAGAUAUGUGUAAAUAUCAUGUACAUACUUGCCCUGAAUGCACCAUGUAUAAUGCACGACCAACAGUCAGACCGCAUCCUGGACGUUUCCCUCUCGAGACGAAAACAGGGAAAUAAAUCAUCAUAGAUUACACAGAUAUGGUGAAUUCAGUAAAAGGGUACAGGUAUAUGUUGGUAUGUGUGGAUGCGUAUUCAGGUUGGCCAGAGGUACUCCCUACAAAAAGGGAAGACAGUAAGACAGUGGUGAAGUUUUUGGUAAACCAGUAUAUCCCCAGACAUGGUUUUCCUGAGAAAAUCCGAUCAGAUAAUGGUACACAUUUCAAAAACCAUGAUCUGCAAAAGGUUGAAGAAAUCCUGGGGUUGAAACACAAGUUUGGUUCGGUCUACCACCCACAAUCCCAAGGAAAGGUUGAAAGAAUGAACCAAACACUCAAAUCUAAAUUGGCAAAAAUCUGUGCACAGACCAAAAUGAAUUGGCUAGAUGCGCUACCCCUUACCCUCAUGUCUGUUCGAAGCUCAAUAAACCAAAGCACGGCCUUUACUCCCUUUGAGCUGACCACAGGCAGGAGGUUUCCAGGGCCCCAGUCCAAGCUUAUUGGAAUCAAAGAGUAUGCCAAGCAGGUGGGGGAGAGAAACAAGGAAGACACAGCGACCCCACCAAGCACAGAGUGGGUCCUACUGAAGGUGCUCAAGUGAAAGUGGACCGAACCCAGGUGGACGGGUCCAUAUCGAGUGACUGAACGCACCUCGCAUGCUGUUCGGCUGAACGGCAAGGGAGACACGUGGUUCCACUGGAGCCAGUGUGCAGCGGCGGACGCCCCUGCACGCACGUUGGGAGAGACACGUACCGAGUUACGUGAACAACAACAACGGGAGAAGACCACCAAUCAACAAGGGGCAGAAUAAUCCCCUGGUGGCAUCAGGGUGAGGUAGUCUACCCAAAAUCCCUGUGGGAGGAGGUGAAAUAGCGCUCCUCUCCUACACGUGGUGUGCCAAACCACCAACCAGAUUCGUCGAGGGACCAAGAAGAUCGUGACAACCAUCGACCUCCUUAUUCUCUGUUGGUUUGGGGUACUCAUGGUCUUUCUUUGGGCCCUGAUACAUCUGUCCAUCACGGGUACAACUCAAGUUUAAGGUGCCACUAAGUAUUAGUACUUAGUCGAAUUUUUAAGUACAUAUUAUACGAUGUUUUGAUUUGUGAUCUCUAUUAGAGAUCAAAAGGGGGAUUAAUGAGUGUACACAGCUUCAUGUCUGAGAGUUCAGAGUUGUCUGAGAGUUCAGAGUGUACCAAACAAAACAGGAAACGUCCUGACCUCAAAUUGACUCAGUGUGCCAAACACUGCACCUACAGGAAACAGAUGUUUGAGCAAUAACGAAAAUAACAGGAAACCAAGCAAACACUGCACAUACAGGAAACAGAUGCUUGAGCAACAACCAACUUAACAGGAAACCAAGAGUACUUCCUAGACACGAGACACAUAGCAACUGACGUCAGUCAGUAGACUGACCAAUCAGAUAACUACUAGCACAGUGUAUAUAAGCUGCUGUACAACAAACUAUCAGACAAAUCGCUUUGGGUUUUCCUGGUACUACUGUUCAAGUGUACUAUACGAUCUCCGCUCUCUGCAGACUGCGUUCAAUAAAAUACUUCUACUUGACUCAA